GAUCAUCUCUCUUUUAAAAACCAUGAAAUUGACAAUGACAAGAUGGAAUAAAGAAAAAACGAAAGAACUUGGCCAAGACAAUAACAUUUGUGACUUUAUCUCAACUCUGUCUUGAUACGAGUCUGUUCUAGAGGAAUGCAGACGGCUUGUGGAAUCUUGGUUCCCUGACCAGAAGUUGGGCCUGAGUUGCUGGAGUGGGCGUACUGAGUCCAGGACACUAGACCGCCAGAGAACUGACCCCAGGGAGUGUUAAUCAGUGAGACUCCCACGAAGACCUCCACCUGAAUCCAAGACCCAGCACCGCCCAGCGCUGGACGCCUCACCCAGACAAGCAAGACAAGAAUAGAAACCCAGCCGUCAGCGGGCGAGCUGCCCACAGGCACCCCAAAGCCCAUCACCUCACGCAGCUCUGCCUUUCGGGGAAGAAAUGCACCUCCUCAUCAACAGUCAUAAAUGAGUCUACCAUGGCUCAAGAAUCUCCAAAAAAUUCAGCAGCAGAAAUCCCAGUGACUAGUAAUGGGGAAGUUGACGACUCUCAUGAACAUGGCUUUAAUAGGGAUUUGAAGCGUUCAUUACCAGCUGGACUUGGUCUCUCAGAAACGCAAAUCACAUCUCAUGGCUUUGACAGUACCAAAGAGGGGGUUAUUGAAGCAGGAGCAUUUCAAGGUUGCCCAGCACCACCUCUGCCAUCUGUUAUGUCCCCCAGCAGGGUGGCAGCUAGCCGACUGACUCAACAAGGAAGUGAUUUAAUUGUUCCUGCAGGUGGCCAAAGAACACAGACAAAAAGUGGGCCAGUUAUUCUAGCAGAUGAAACUAAAAAUCCUGCAAUGGAAAAGUUAGAACUUGUUAGAAAAUGGAGUCUAAAUACCUACAAGUGCACUCGACAAAUUAUCUCUGAGAAGCUGGGCCGUGGAUCAAGAACUGUGGACCUUGAACUUGAAGCUCAGAUUGAUAUAUUAAGAGAUAACAAGAAAAAAUACGAAAAUAUUCUAAAACUGGCUCAGACCCUGUCGACCCAGCUUUUCCAGAUGGUGCAUACCCAAAGGCAACUUGGAGAUGCAUUUGCUGACCUGAGUUUAAAAUCACUGGAACUCCAUGAAGAAUUUGGCUAUAAUGCAGAUACCCAGAAGCUGCUAGCUAAAAAUGGAGAGACUCUUCUAGGAGCCAUUAAUUUUUUCAUUGCCAGUGUAAACACUUUGGUGAAUAAAACAAUUGAAGAUACAUUAAUGACCGUGAAACAGUAUGAAAGUGCCAGAAUUGAAUAUGAUGCAUAUCGUACUGAUUUGGAAGAACUGAAUCUUGGACCACGUGAUGCAAACACUCUGCCAAAGAUUGAGCAAUCACAGCAUCUGUUCCAAGCACAUAAGGAAAAGUACGAUAAAAUGCGCAAUGAUGUUUCUGUCAAGUUAAAAUUUCUAGAAGAAAAUAAGGUUAAAGUAUUACACAAUCAGCUGGUCCUUUUUCACAAUGCCAUUGCCGCUUACUUUGCUGGGAAUCAGAAGCAGCUUGAACAGACACUUAAACAGUUCCAUAUCAAAUUGAAAACCCCUGGAGUUGACGCCCCAUCUUGGCUUGAAGAACAGUAAAAUCACACCUGGAAACAAAGAGAAAGUCACGUUGUUAUAUUUCUAAACAAACCUAGUAAGAAUUAAGCAGAGUUGGGGGAAGAGGAAAGGGGUGACAACCAUUGUAGUGAUUCUUGCACAAACAGCUUUAAUUUUUCCCUUUUUCAUACUUUUAACAAUUGAGCUGUUAAAUUUGAUGGGGAGGUGGGUGGUUUUAAUGUAAACAUAAUUUCUAUAACCUGAACACAAAUAUCUUCCUUUUUGAGAAAUCCUUUUGUAUUGUGAGGGUCGAUGGCUAUUUCUGUAGUUUGAAAACACCUAAUACAGAUUUGCACUGACAAGAUAAAAAUUCAAGGUUUUUGGUCCUGCAAAUGAGGACCAGUUGUAACUUUUCCAAAGGAAGGUUUACAUGAUUUGUAUCAACAUCAGAUAUUUUAUAUAAGAAUAUAUUAAACAUCUUUAAGAGAGUCAUUUUCAUGUAUUGUCUUAAAGAGAAAAAGAGACUAUUUUGCAGAGUAAUAUUAUAUGGUGUUCCUGCAGCACCCACACAGAGGCGGCAGCUCUGAUGAAUGACUGAUUGGCUUGUGGAGUUGUGGCAGAUACCUUUUUAAAAAUGAAUCUCUACCAUUGUAAUUUUGUUUAGACUUUUUCUUUAAGACACAGGAAUCACACUGUCAUUUCUUUGAGGCUUUUGAACUUAAGAAUUUGCAUUACCCAAAGUCAUGGAGCAGUUCUGUUAGCAAUUCCUUUUGCUUCAUAAUGAAACCUGCUUGAGAGAAUUUUUUUGACAGGUGGAUCUGGGAGUAGAAAUUCUCAGUGGUUUCUAGAGUAAAAAAUCUGUGCUUAUUAGAAAGCUAGUUUUUGGGUAAAUUCCAUUUUGACAGAAGUGAAUUCCUAGACAGCUUUCAUUGACUUCCAUAUGUAACAAUACCGGUUAAGCCUUAAAUCACAGAUAUGUGCCUUCUCAGAUACAGUAAUUCUCAUUCAACCAAUGUACAUAAAUCCAUAAAGAAGCCCCUUUCAGAUAAUGUUUGAUGUGUCUGUUCAUUCCUUGGAAAGGAGCACUGUGUAUAAAUGUUGAAUUUCUUUAUAUUCAUUAAGCCACGUUUAAGGUUUAUGGAGAAAUCAACUUCUGAAUUUGCCAUUUGGAUUUUCCUUGUUCAUUUUGCGAAAGGGGAAGACGAAGGACUUGUUUGCCUUUGAGUAGGGGAAAAGGACCGUGGGUCAGUGUGGUCGCAGCAAGACGGCGGGGCUGGAAGGGCCUGUGCUGUUUCGGUUGCUCAGCACUGUUGGUUCUGUGUAUGGCCUUCUGCGUGAUUUUAUCAGUCAAGUAACCCUUUUUCAGUAUAAGUUCUCUUGAUUUUUGUCAUAGACAUAAAUUAAUAUCUUGAGAUACAUCUCUUCACCUGUUCAUUUCUUUUGUGUUGAAAUGAAGUACUUAAAAUUACUGUUAUACCAGAACUUCAUGGACUGUAAGAUUUGUUAUAUAUGUUCAAAUGCCAUUUAGCUGGCUUUUUAAUUAAUAUGCUUGUUUUCAAUGCUUAACACAGUGUAAUGUGACUGUAAAUCAUAAACCUAUUUUUAAUCAUUCCCUCCUAUAUAUUUGUACUCUGAGAGAGCCUUAUUUUGUUCUUCCAGCAGAAUUACUACUUGUGAUAGUUCAUUUACAUUCCCCAGAAUGUGCCUCUGGUGUGAAUUUUGUAUUCUUAUUAAACGUGUUUGCUGGGUACCUCA